AUGGAAAGACUUAUAAAUAACAGCAUUGAGUGUUCAAGUUUCAGAGGUGAUUGGGAAUGUAAAGGCCAGUUUGAGAGAAAACAGGAAUCUCAGGAAGGACAUUUCAGUCAAAUGAUAUUUACUCCUGAAGACAUACCCACUUUCAAUAUCCAGCAUCAGAAAAUUCAUACUGAUGAGAAACUCCUUGAAUGUAAGGAAUGUGGGAAGGAUUUUAGUUUUGUAUCAGUCCUUAUUCGACAUCAGCGAAUUCAUACUGGUGAGAAACCUUAUGAAUGUAAAGAAUGUGGCAAGGCCUUUGGUAGUGGUGCAAACCUUGCUUACCAUCAAAGAAUUCAUACGGGUGAAAAACCUUAUGAAUGUAAUGAAUGUGGGAAGGCCUUUGGUAGUGGCUCAAACCUUACUCACCAUCAGCGAAUUCACACUGGUGAGAAACCAUAUGAAUGUAAGGAAUGCGGGAAAGCCUUUAGUUUUGGAUCAGGCCUUAUUCGACAUCAGAUAAUUCACAGUGGUGAAAAGCCUUAUGAGUGUAAGGAAUGUGGGAAGUCCUUUAGUUUUGAAUCAGCCCUUACUCGGCAUCACAGAAUUCACACAGGUGAGAAACCUUAUGAAUGUAAGGACUGUGGGAAAGCCUUUGGCAGUGGUUCAAACCUUACUCAGCAUCGAAGAAUUCAUACUGGUGAGAAACCUUAUGAAUGUAAAGCAUGUGGAAUGGCCUUUAGUAGUGGUUCAGCUCUUACGCGGCAUCAAAGAAUUCACACUGGUGAGAAACCAUAUAUAUGUAACAAAUGUGGGAAGGCUUUUAGUUUUGGAUCAGCCCUUACUCGGCAUCAAAGAAUUCAUACCGGUGAGAAACCUUAUGUAUGUAAGGAAUGUGGGAAGGCUUUCAAUAGUGGCUCGGAUCUCACUCAACAUCAGAGAAUUCACACUGGUGAGAAACCCUAUGAGUGUAAGGAAUGUGAGAAAGCCUUUAGAAGUGGUUCAAAACUUAUUCAGCAUCAAAGAAUGCACACUGGUGAGAAACCCUAUGAGUGUAAGGAAUGUGGGAAGGCCUUUAGUAGUGGUUCAGACCUCACUCAACAUCAGAGAAUUCAUACUGGUGAGAAACCCUAUGAAUGUAAGGAAUGUGGGAAGGCUUUUGGUAGUGGCUCAAAACUUAUUCAACACCAGCUAAUUCACACAGGUGAAAAACCCUAUGAAUGUAAAGAAUGUAGAAAGUCCUUUAGUAGUGGUUCAGCCCUUAAUCGGCACCAGAGGAUACACACUGGUCAGAAACCUUAUGAAUGUAAGGAAUGUGGGAAGACUUUUGGCACUGGCUUGAGCCGUACUCAACAUCAGAGAAUACAUACUAGUGAGAAACUUUAUGAAUGUAAGGGCUGUGGGAAGGCUUUGGAGAGGGGUUCAGAAAUUCAGCAACAUAAGAAAAGUCAUGCUGGUAAGGAGCUCUGUGAAUGA